AUGAACCCCGAAAUCUCCUUCGGUGAUUCAAACUCAGGCCUCCAAAUAGGAAUCAACAACGGCCCACUAAACACACAGCAGCUCCACCUUACGGGGGACAUCAACAUUCAAAACAUCACAACAAUCCGCCCCCUAGCCCACUCAGUCUACAAAUCCCUCUUCAACGCACCCGACCUCUUCACCCAAGUCAGAGAUGAACUCGGCCUCCUCGUCUCCGUGCUAAUAGCGACAGAGGAACAUGCACCCAAGUUCCGGCCCGAUGACCCCCAAUUAUCCGAGUUGGAGGAUGUGUUGAGUGGUUGUUACAGUGUACUUCAAGAUCUUGUACGGUUGAAGGAGCAUUUUGAUAAUGUUGGUGCUCAGACACAGGUUACUUGGGAACGGAUGGGGUGGGGAGGGGAGGAGUUGGCGGAGAUCAGGGGGAAGUUUUCGUUGCAUAUACAGGUUUUGAAUUUUUUGAAUACGAGGAUGUUGAGGUCCUCUCAUGAAAACGUCGAACGGAUGUUAGAGGCGUUUAUCGGGGAGAUUCGCAGCGGGAAACGUGAAUCGGCGGCCAUGUCAUGUGUAUCAACUGCAUCACUGACUGUGGAUGAGAAAGAGGCGUGGAGAAUGUUGAGGAAGGAGCUGCAGAGUAUUGGCAUUACUCCGGGUCUUUUCACGCAGCAUCGGCGGUUGAUUCUCAGCACACUUCAAAAAUUCCUGACUCAAGGCCAAGUCGCAGAUUUUUCCAGGGUGUUUGAAGCAGAGGAGACAGAAACUGCAUCAGAAGCCGCUGUCAUCAACACAGAUAGCUCUGUUCAAACCGCAUACAAGAAGCUCACUGCCAGUGACGAGGAAUCCCCCACUGGACGUCAAUUGGAAAUUCCCGUGACAGCAUCGGGGACUAAACAAAAGAAACGACUAAAUAUCAUGACACGCUUGACAUCACGAAUGAUGCGCUUGACUACUGGGAAAUCAAUUGAUAAGGAAAUCUCAAAACCGUUUACUGCUGGACUUCGAUACCAGUUUCACGGGGUCUGCAUGGUAUGCCUAGAGGAUAUUGAGGUUCCUGAUUCCUCCGGGCCAGCUUCCACAAACGAACAUAACAUCCUUGAGGACUUACCUAGUAACUUGAUCCACUGGAAAUUCAUGGAUACCCCUUGCGGACACACGUUCCACAUUACUUGUUGGAAACGCCGCCUGGAAUAUCCCUCGCGAUGCCCUAUCUGCUAUCAAACCAUUUCCUUGGAUAACAAGUCUUUGGAUUCAUCACCCUGCGACAACGAACUCAACACUCAAGAACAAACCCAACAAACUUCCGUGGAUAAAAUCUAUACGAAGGAUCCUAGCACUGGUCGACCUGUUGUCCUUUUCAAUGUUGUGGGUCUUUUCGAUUUCAAUGUCGAUGGCGAUCACCUAGAAAGUGGGUAUCCCUAUCUGACGUACUCACAGGGAGAAUUGUUUAGUGUCAUAGCCGAAAAAGAGGAACUCUGGUUAGCUUUUCAUCGGAAUGACGCCGAAUGUAAGAUUGGAUGGCUCUGGAAGGUGCAAUUUUACCAAUGA